UUUGGCCUAAGGCGGUUAGACUGGCAUCUAAAGAUUGCGGGGAAAAUUCUGUUGCAUGGCGGGGGCUUGGCUGUCAUGAAGGAUUCGCAUUUCUGCUCAGACGUUUCCCAUUGAGCGUUUUGUUUCUGGAGCUUGUUAUCUCUCAUUAACGACUCAGGAUAUUUGUUACCCAGGUCUGCAACAACAUGGCUGACUCUACCUUGCACCGAGCGCCCCCUUUCCGGGCAGAGCACAUGGGCUCGCUUCUCCGCCCCCAAAAGCUCCUCGAUGUGCGGGCAGCCAUCCGGGACAAAAACCUCUCCCCAGAAGAAGCAGGUCUCCCUGCCGUUGAAAAGGAGUCCAUUGGCCAAAUAGUCAAGACGCAGCUCUCGCUGGGCUUCAAAGCCGUCACCUCUGGCGAAUACAGCCGCACCCGCUUUUGGGGGUUGUUCUGGGACGAAUUGGACGGCACCAAGCGCUUACAGGAUGCCGAGGCGAGCAUGUUCCGCCUGUACCAUCCCGAUGUGGUUUCUUUGAUUGAGAAGGAUCGAAAGGUUAUGCCUGGUGACAGUGUGAUUGCCGGUGCCAAGAUCAGACAUACUGGCACAGAGUCAAAUCUCCACGAGUUGCGCCUCGUUCAGGCCUUCGUCCCAAAGGAGGACUGGGGCAAUAUCAAGCUCACCAUGAUUACCCCUUCGUGGUUCCACAUGAGGUACAAACAAGGACGGGCAUAUACGCCUGAAGCAUAUAAGAACGAUGGCGAGUACUUCAAGGACGUUGCACAGGCGUACUCAAAAGAACUCGAGGCUCUGUAUGAAGCUGGCCUGAGGAACGUCCAAUUCGACGACCCAAAUCUGGCAUACUUUUGCUCUAAGCAAUUCAGAGAUGGCUGGGCACAGGACUCGGACAAUAUCGGCUCUGUCGAUGACCUUCUCGACGCUUAUAUCGAUCUCUACAACGACUCGAUAUCCAAAUGCCCCUCUGAUAUGCACACGGGUGUCCAUUUGUGCCGAGGGAAUUUUAUUGGCGGACGACAUUUCGCAGAGGGAGCGUAUGACAUCAUUGCCAGCAAACUAUUUCAAAAUCUCAAUGUCAACACCUUCUACCUGGAAUACGACACCGAACGUGCAGGUGGAUUCGAACCACUACGGCACCUGCCGAAGAACAAGAACGUGAUCAUCGGCUGUAUCAGUACGAAGCUGAGGCAGCUGGAAGACAAAGAAGAAAUGAAACAGAGAAUCUAUAAGGCGGCCGACUUUGUCGCCGAGGGAUCGAAUCAGUCCAGGGAAGAAGCACUCAAGAGAAUCGGAAUCUCUCCCCAGUGCGGGUUCAGCACCCACGAGAGUGGAUAUCCGUUGAGCCAAGAGGACCAAGAGAAGAAGCUGAAGUUGAUCAGGCAGAUUGCAGAUGAGAUCUGGGGAGAGCCGUGAGAUUAUCUUAGCUCGUGUGUGCAGCUAGUUUUCUUGACGUGCGUUCGAUAUACAUCCAUACUUGGGGGUUGACGGGAGCAUUUUGUUGUCACCAGAGCAUUCAACAUUCUGGGUUAGACAAAAAGGUCCAGCAGGUUCAACACGGAUAAACAAAAGACAGAGCUUAGAGAUUACAUGCAUGGAUAUUACGAGGAGCAUAUCCAGCUGUAGCGUGGUGGUGUAUCGUGGUUUGCGAGCAGCUAAAUAGCAAGGCUGGCUGAGCGGGAUGGUUUCCCUACCGAGGAAGAGUCUGUCCACUUGUGGCCCGCCUCGUCGCUCCGUCAUUGCACCGAAAAGGCGGUCUGUUUCCGCCUGAUCGGCUUCCAACGGUCUUUGAUCGAAUGUGGUAGUUAGCCCCAAACCCCCA